CAUCACUUUUGUUCCUUAAUAAACCCAGUGUAACUAAUUUUUGUCUGGGGGGAGGAGGCAAGGAGUCUGUGCACCUCUCUUAUAGUGAGACAGGGUGAAUUUCAUGAGGUUGUCCUGCACAGAGCUGUACACAGCCUGAGAUGGAUUUCUCUAGGAUUCAGUGCCCAGAGAGACUGUGUACUUGAGUGCCUGGAAAAUGUCUCACAGUGCAUCUGUGCUGAACAGGCUGAAGAACUGGGCUCAGCAAGACGGGGUUAAAGGGUGCCCAGGCUGUCAGGGAAAGCAGGCUUAGUGGGAAUCAGCACGUCAGGUGACAAUUCGGAGGGGUCCCUGACCACCCACAACUAGCACUCCAAGUUUCUGGGGAUUCAGAUGGAUUUAGUUUGUCAAUAUAUUCAAGAGAUUAGAUGUAUCUGAACCCAAACCUUAUUGUCCUGUUAACCACACGGUAGAAGGGUUACAUGCAAAGGGGCUUGUCUUCAAAUUAAGCAAACUGGACUUCAUUCAAAGCACAGUCACAUCCUCAUUGGUCCGUGUCCGUCGGCUUGCAAAGCAGUAACCAGUCACCGUGCCACCCACUGGGAACUGGAUAAAAGCGGCUGGACACCCACAGACCGGCCCAAGACGGGAUAACAAGGCUGUAGCGGUUGAAGCUCCUGGAAGAGAACUGGAGUUUCUACCUGUCUCCCAAAGCCGGUGACGGCAGGUGCCCAGGUGAGCUGUGCGAGGAUGGCGCUUCUCUGGUGCCUGUGGAUGGUGAUUGGGAUCCUCGCAGAGCCUGGGGUCUCUCAGGACUGCACCCCAACGCCAGGGGCUCAGAACUUGGCGUUCAGACGUCCGGCCACGCAGUCGUCGACGUUCGAGGACAACACUGGGCAAGCCGAGCCUGCAAGGGCCGUGGAUGGAAAACGUGUCGGGUAUUAUGAACAAGGCUCCUGCAGCCACACCAGGUUCGACAGAGAGCCGUGGUGGACCGUGGACUUGGGCAGCCGGUAUUAUGUCUCCAUGGUGAUCGUGAAGAACAGGGAAGAGGAGUGUUGUGGGAGGAGACUGAAGGGGGCCCGGAUCCACCUGGGAGACUCCCUGGAUGACAACGGCAAGAACAACCCCAUCUGCGGGACCAUCACCGACCCCACUGCCGGAUCCCUCAGCACCAUCUGCUGCAACCGGCUGGAGGGCCGCUACGUCACCAUCGUCAUCCCGGGCAGGGUUUCCAUCUUCUGCGGGACCAUCACCGACCCCACUGCCGGAUCCCUCAGCACCAUCUGCUGCAACCGGCUGGAGGGCCGCUACGUCACCAUCGUCAUCCCGGGCAGGGAGGAGUUUCUGACCCUGUGUGAGGUCGAGGUUCUAUCUCAGGGCUGUAUCCCACCACUAGGGGCUCAGAACUUGGCGCUGGGACGUCCGGCCAAUCAGUCGUCCACGCACGAAGACGUCACUGGCCGAGCCGAGCCUGGCAGGGCCGUGGAUGGAAACAGUGAAGGGCGCUGCGGGACCAUCACCGACCCCACUGCCGGAUCCCUCAGCACCAUCUGCUGCAACCGGCUGGAGGGCCGCUACGUCACCAUCGUCAUCCCGGGCAGGGAGGAGUUUCUGACCCUGUGUGAGGUCGAGGUUCUAUCUCAGGGCUGUAUCCCACCACUAGGGGGGCCCAAGUUCCUACUGUGA